AAUUUACAGAAGAAUUGGCUUCGGGAAUUUUAUCAGGUUGUACAUACGCACAAGCCCCACUUCAUGGCUUUGCACUGUCAGGAGUUUGGAGGAAAAAACUACGAAGCUUCCAUGUCUCACGUGGACAAGUUUGUUAAAGAACUGUUGUCAAGUGAUGCAAUGAAAGACUACAACAGAGCUCGAGUGUACCUGGAUGAGAAUUAUAAAUCACAGGAACAUUUUACGGCUCUAGGAAGUUUUUACUUUCUUCAUGAAUCCUUGAAAAACAUCUAUCAAUUUGAUUUUAAAGCUAAGAAAUAUAAAAAGGUUACUGGGAAAGAAAUCUACUCAGACACUUUAGAAAGCACGCCCAUGCUCGAAAAAGAGAAGUUUCCACAGGAUUACUUCCCUGAGUGCAAAUGGUCCAGAAAAGGUUUCAUCCGAACAAGAUGGUGUAUUACUGACUGUGCCUUUGACUUGGUAAACAUUCACCUUUUCCAUGAUGCUUCCAAUUUAAUUGCUUGGGAAACAAGCCCAUCGGUUUACUCAGGAAUACGGCAUAAGGCUCUUGGCUAUGUACUUGAUAGAAUCAUAGAUCAGCGGUUUGAGAAAGUUUCAUAUUUUGUCUUUGGAGAUUUCAACUUCAGACUGGAUGCCAAAGCAGUAGUAGAGACACUGUGUGCAAAGGCCACGAUGCAGACGAUCCGAGCGGCCGACACAAAUGAAGUCGUCAAGCUCAUAUUUCGCGAAUCUGAUAAUGACCGGAAGGUUAUGCUGCAGCUAGAAAAGAAGCUCUUCGACUAUUUUAAUCAAGACGUUUUUAGAGAUAACAAUGGCACUGCGCUUUUAGAAUUUGACAGAGAGCUGUCAGUCUUUAAAGACAGAUUGUAUGAACUGGACAUCUCGUUUCCUCCCAGUUACCCAUACAGUGAAGACUCCAGCCAGGGAAAGCAGUACAUGAACACCAGAUGUCCAGCAUGGUGUGACAGGAUUUUGAUGUCACACUCCGCCAAGGAGCUCAUCCUCAAGUCAGAAAAUGAUGAGAAGAUAGUAAUAUAUGACCACAUUGGGCCAAAUGUCUGCAUGGGGGAUCACAAGCCCGUGUUCCUGUCCUUUCGAAUAGCCGCAGGGGCAGGUAAACCUAUUGCAAAUGUGCACAAGUGUUGUGUCGUGCAGUGAUGUGGUGGAAAAAGAUGCCUGCGGAAUGAGAAGAUUUUCCGUGCAACCACACUGUAGCAAGGAGGGAAGGGAAGCGCAGCAUACCGAGAUACACAACCACAACAGCCGUGCUGGUAAAUCGAGUGCCACAUUUUAGACUGCUGAUCGUACACUAUGCUUCAGCAUCCGGACUCUUGGAGAGAAGCCUCACAUACCUCACUGUCUUGUAUGUUCAUGUGACAUCGAGUAGAAAUGUGGAAUUAUUUUUUAUAUAUAUGUCACGAUUCUGUUGCCAAAACUCUAAGUAGACAGCAGAGAUGUUAUGUAUUUUAGAUUUCACAACUUUCAACUUUUAAUAAGUGUUUGUCAAUGUGGAAAAGCUACUUCAGCAUAUUAUAGACUUUUAAAGGUGUCAUGCCUAACAUUAUAUAUCUUUACCACUUCGGGGUUUUGUACAUUGGAUUGUAUAGAUAGAGAUAUCGAUGGUUUUAAAUGGUGUUGUCUUUGUUUUGACCAAGGCUUAUGGUUUGUGUUUUAAUUUUUAGUAUUUUGUUUUUCAUUUUUAUAGAUUUUUUUUUCUCAUGUUAUUUACUAUACUGCCAUGUUACAUGGUUUUUUGAAUCACACAGCAGCUGCUUUCUAUACAUACAUAUAUAUGUGUGUGUAUAUAUAUGUAUGUAUGUGUGUAUAUAUACACAGAUAUAUAAAUAAUUUAUAAACCUGACCAAAACUUACGCUAAAUAUACUUUCCAAUAUGAAUGCUUGAGUGCCAUAUCAGCAGUUAGUGUUGGAGCCUUAGCAGGUUUAGUUAAUUGUAUAUCAACAAAUAACAUUUAUAUAUUACCAAUAAUAUAUAGCAGUGCCAUUCUGGAUACAGAUAUAUAGCAUACUAUAUAGCACAUAUAUUAGUAGUUUCACUUUGUUACUCCUAUAAUCCCUUCUUUCUAUGUAAUAUUAAGGUUUGAAUGUGAAGUUCUUAGGUAGGUUUGGGUGUAACUUUCAAGAAUUUUGUAAACCGUUUUUUUGUCUGUCUUUUGUUACUGUUUUAUGGUGCCAAGUAUUCUAUAUUAAAACAAUAACAACACGGGAGAAGAAAAUAAUAGUCUGCUUUAGGUAGCAACUGCAUUGGACACAAGCUGUAUUUAUACAGUGUUAAAGAAAGAAAAAAAAUAGAAAAGAAAAAAAAAAGUGUGUAUUUUUUCCGGGUUAGUAGCCCAGUGCAACCUACAAUAUAAUCUCAUUACGAACAUUUUUCUCCCACCACUAAAUACAACAUUAAAAGGUGAUUAGAGAGUCUGUUGAUGAAACACAAAUGUAUGUUUUAUUGAUUUAAUUUAGAACACUACAGAGUUCAUGGACUGUGUGCUGGCAUUAGAUUGAUGCUUGAUUUUGGUGUAAAUCACUACGGUUGGAA